AUAUAAAAGGCUGCAAUCGAGCAAACAUCGAGUGCAGUUCGAUUCUAUUUGUCAAGUCGUAGCAUUUACUCUUUUCAUCAUGCUGAAGCUGGUAUUCCUGUUGCUCGCCGCUCUGCUGGCUGUUGUCCUGGCUGUGCCUGCCCCAGCUCCGGGCCCCAAUCCGGCACCAGUGCCCCAGUUUGUCUACUCCUCAGGCUAUCCCGCUGUGGGCUAUGCCUCGCCCUAUGUCUACUAUGGUUGAUGUCAACGAUUCCCGAUUGAAUGAAUAAAAAGCUUUUGCAACAGAA